UACUAUAGUCAAUCUGGAGAAAGGUAGGGAGGUCCAGCGCGCAGUUACUCGUAAAAGGUUGUCUCUCACUCUCACUCAGUUAUUAUCGAACGCUCGCCGGUAAACGACUUCGACUAGGAUUUUGCUACAAUUCAGAAUGGUGCGCGACACGAACAUGGAAAAACUCCAAGAUGUUGCGAACAGGCUUCGCAUUCAUUCUAUCCAGGCUACCGAGGCAUCGAAAAGCGGACAUCCAACGUCAUGUUCUUCUAUGGCAGAAAUUAUGUCCGUCUUAUUCUUCCAUACGAUGCGCUACAAGGUAUCGGCUCCACGUGACCCAAGUAGCGAUAGAUUUAUACUGAGCAAAGGUCACGCGGCACCUAUUCUUUAUGCAGCAUGGGCUGAGGCUGGUCUUUUCCCAGCAAGUGAAUUGGUCAAUUUGAGAAAGAUUGAUAGCGACUUAGAAGGACAUCCUACUCCAAGACUGAACUUUGUAGAUGUGGGAACUGGUUCUUUGGGACAAGGUCUAUCGGUUGCCGCCGGUAUGGCUUAUGUAGGAAAGAAUUUUGAUAAAGCAAAUUAUCGUGUAUAUUGCCUAAUUGGUGAUGGAGAAGCAGCAGAAGGUUCAAUCUGGGAAGCACUUCACUUUUCAUCUUACUAUAAGUUAGACAAUCUUUGUGCAAUUUUUGAUAUUAAUCGUCUGGGUCAAAGUGAACCAACAUCUCUUCAGCACAAUAUGGAAGUUUACCGUAAAAGACUCGAAGCUUUCGGCUUUAAUGCUUUGGUUGUUGAUGGUCAUGAUGUGGAAGAAUUAGCCAAAGCCUUCCAUGAAGCUCAAAAUACAAAGGGACGUCCUUCUGCCAUUUUAGCAAAGACAUUUAAGGGUAAAUAUUUCCCUAACAUUGAAGAUUUAGAAAAUUGGCAUGGAAAGCCAUUGGGCAACAAAGCAAAUGAAGUGAUCCAACACUUAACUGGAAUGAUGAAAAAUUCUGGUCCUCUGGCAUUGCGUCCGCAAAAACCACUGGUUGAUGAUGCUCCAGUAGUAGACAUCAAUAACGUUAAAUUAGCAUCUCCUCCGAAUUACAAACUGGGAGAACAGGUUGCUACAAGAUUGGCUUAUGGUACUGCUUUAGCCAAGCUAGCAAAAAGCAACCCACGUGUCGUUGCUCUAGACGGGGACACGAAAAAUUCUACGUAUGCCGAAAAAAUCAAGACCGUUGAUCCGGCUAGGUUUAUCGAAGGUUUUAUUGCCGAGCAAAACGUUGUAGGAGUUGCAAUCGGCGCGGCAUGCAGAGAUAGAACUGUUGCAUUUGUAUCUGCAUUUGCUACUUUCUUCACUCGUGCCUUUGAUCAGAUUCGUAUGGGUGCUAUUUCGCAAACAAACGUUAAUUUUGUUGGUUCUCAUUGCGGUGUUUCAAUCGGAGAAGAUGGUCCGUCUCAGAUGGGUCUGGAAGAUGUAGCUAUGUUCCGCACAAUUCCUGGUUCCACUGUUUUUUACCCAAGCGAUGCUGUUUCAACGGAACGUGCCAUUGAAUUAGCAGCUAAUACAAAGGGUGUCUGUUUUGUACGUACCUCUCGUCCUGCCACAGCAAUUAUAUACAAAAACGAAGAGCCUUUUGCCGUUGGCAAGGGCAAAGUGGUUAGAUCUUCUGCGAAAGACCAAGUUCUUCUGGUUGGAGCUGGUGUCACUUUGUACGAAGCACUCAAGGCUGCUGACGAAUUGUCUAAAGUUGGAGUAAACGUGCGAGUGAUCGAUCCGUUUACGAUUAAACCACUUGAUGCUCAGUUGGUUGUAAAGAACGCCAAAGAAGUUGGAGGAAGAGUCGUUACCGUUGAAGAUCAUUACGCAGAAGGCGGUUUGGGAGACGCAGUUCUUUCGGCACUUGCUUUGGAAAGAAAUGUCGUCGUUAAAAAGCUAGCUGUUCCUGAAGUUCCACGUUCUGGUCCUCCGAAUGCGUUGUUGGAGAAAUAUGGAAUUAGUGCGAAUAAGAUCGUUGUUGCAGUUCAAGAAAUUCUGAAGUUGUAAUCAUAAGUAUUACAUUAAUUUAUCGGUAUCGUUUUGAGAAGAAACAAUUACACGCAGGACUGUCAGUACUGCCAUAUCGAAAUAUAUACAAGAGAACUCUGUAUCUUUAAAACAUAAGUACAAGUAAAAUCAGCGCAUUCCACGUUGUUUCUAUGCAUUUGGUGUGCGCAUAAAUAUUACACAUUUGAUUCAGGUUAAUGUUCAAAGGAUAAUGGAUGUUUGCGGGAACAAUUGUUCUUCUUUAUACAUGUAUAUACAGAUUUUAAACACGAGAAUAUUAUAAAUCUCAAAACUGUAUUAAAUUUUUGUACGUGAAAAUGUAAUUUUAUAUAAAAAUUU